UAGUAUACAUGUAUACUAAUUUUGUAGUGAAGUAUCGUCAUGGGAGUAGUUGACUAUUAUAAUGUAGGACAAAAACAAGAGUUACCGACAGAUUUUGGGACAAAAAAUGACUGAAAACUCAUGGUUAUGGAUAAACAUAUUUACCGUCGUAAUUAGGGACAAAAAAUGACUGAAAAGUCAUAAUUAGGAAUAGAAAAAGUUACCGUCAGAAUUAGGGACAAAAAAAUAGCUAGGCAUCCGAAUUAGGAACAAAAAAUUAGCUGGACCGUCAGAAUUCGGGGCAAGUUUUUUUCAUUACCCUUGGGUGUCUUCAUUCUAAGAUCUGUAUCUUGGUAAAAGAAAACACACUUGUCUUGAACCUUUAGACUAUGAUAGAGCUUGAUUCGCUCUACAAAAAUGUCUCAGGCACCUCCCCUCCCUUUCUCAUGAAAAAAUUGAGAAAAAUAGUUUUUUUCCGAAAAUUGAAUUUUUCUAUGUAAUUUGAUAGAGGCGUCAGAAUUAGGGAAAUUUUUUUGCUGCCCGUCAGGAUUAGGGAACUACUACCUAAUUCUGUCAGGUGCAGCUAUUUUUCGCAGACCGAUAAUUUCACUAUGAAAUCAAGAAAAAUGAAAGACCAACAAUAUAUCGUUUGAAAGAGGCGAAUCCAAAGAUUACGGAAAUAUAAAAAUAUUUUUGAUCGGACGUAAAAUAGUUGCACACUAGUUGAAACAAAAAAUGGUAAAAUUUUUCCGACAGAAUUAGGGAAAUGUACUGUAUCUAUGCAUACUCAACAGCCACUGAUUCGAGUAGAUAUUGGAAGGCAAGAUGCAUCAGACCUGGGUUCGGCUGUACCGCCAUUGCCUCCGAUAAGAUCUUCCGAUCGACUACCACGCGAUGGUCAUCCUCUCUAUCGACCAGCAGCAAUAACACCAUUCGGUCGACCACCACGCGAUGAUCAUCCUCCCUCUCCACCACCAGCAAUAACACCAUCUGGUUGCUCACCACGCAAUGGCCGUCCUCCCUCGCCCGAAUAG